GGUUUCCCAUGGUGAAAUAUUCCGUCCGAUUUAAUCGUCGGCGAGACAUCGGUUACGUAAUAAUCGAGAGGCGGUGGUUCGGGAAACUGGGGAAAAAACGCGACAUUGAUAAAAAUGAUCUUUUUACGAAUUUACGAAGUCGUUGGCCAUCGAAAAUAGUUGUGAAAAUUUAUAUACCUAACGGCAUCGCACGUCAUAAAUAACGACAAAUUGUCACGAUCGUGUAAUAAUUAAUUCGUUAUUAUCUUGCGUUUAACUUGCGCCGAUCAUUAAUUAGCCACGAGCAAAGAUAGCCACGAAUAUCUAUAUUUAAUGAAUUAUUAAUGAGAGAAAAGUAUGUCUCCUUGGAACGAAGUAUCGAAUAAUGAAUUAAUGGUUUUUAAUUUUUUCUUUAUUAUUCAAAUUUUUCAAACAUAAUAAACUUGACUAACAUAUAACUUUCGAGAUAACAUAUCUCGAGAUGACUUGUAAUAAAGUUUCUAAUAUUAUCGAUACAUUAUGGAAUAAUCUCAUUUAUCGAUGAAAUCUCGUUUUGAGCUCAUUUUUUUCCCUUUUUCUUUUUUUUUUUUUUUCUAAUUUAUUCCAUCGUAUUCAUUUUUCGAAAGAAAACAUUUUGUUUGAUCAAAGAGGUUAUCACAUCUUAUUCUUUCGCGUAACAAACGUGGUUGGUAACUUUUAAAAUUAUUUACUAUUCGUCAUUGAAUAUUUGCCAUCGAUAUAUAUAUUUUUCGUAUAUAUUUUUAAUAAUGGCACGAAAGUUGAGGAAAUUUUAAAACUAAUUUCGAUGAUCAAAAACUAUACAAGCGUAAUAUAUACACAUAUGCAUAUACAUAUAUGUAUACAUAUCAUCGUACCAUAAACAUUUUCACGUAAUUGAAUUUCGAAGAAGAAGAAAAAAAAAGAAUCGAUUUCGCACGUGGAAAAUUUACCCAUAAAUAAAAUUAAAUUUACGACAUAAUCGAGAUGAUUUAUUCACUGAAGUUUUACAAGAGAGGGAAUUUCGCCUGUCAUAGAUAAAGAUAACCGUAUCUCGAUUGUAUCGAGAGAUGGCAUCGAUGAACGAAUCACAACCCUCCUCCUCCCUUCUUCCCUCCCUUUCCUCGGUUCUCGAUUUCAACUCGUCUCUCCCUCGUCUCGAAAUCGGUUGAAUCAAUCGAAAAGGAUUUGGACGGAGAGGGGAGAGAUCGAAAACCAGUUGGCCCAAGGUUCUCGCGUGGCGAGAACGAGGCACGACUAAUCGAUAAACCGGAUCGAUCUCGCUGGGCGAAAAUCGAAUCCUAUGGCAAACAUCACGGAACUACAUCUUUAACCUAAUUGUCAAUCGAUUCGAAGAAGAAAAAAAAUUCGAAGUGAAAAAUCGAAAUCUCCUCCUCUCGACCUGAUGGAAAUUUCACGUGAACCGCGUAUUAUUACUUUCCCCCCCCUCGAAGUUUUCGAAGAAUUCUGAUGUCCGCCAUCAUCGAUCAUUAGGUUGCAUUAAUGGAGCGCGGUCAACGUGGUUCUAACAAGAAAGCCUCGAAAGAAAUCAAGGAGAAAACGGACGUGGUCGCGAUACCGGAGUUCGGAAGCCGCGAGGUGGUCGCGUUCGAGAACAAGGAGCAAUACCUCUUCCUGUUGGAAUUCUUCAUCCACCACAUGACCAGUGAGCGUUUAGCGAAACUCAACCAGAUGUUCUUCGUCCCAACCACCAUAUCCGUCGAGUUUCUCAAUUUCACGGGGAGGGAGGGUAUCGAGAUAACCCCCGUCGACCCGAUGUUCCACCCCCAGGCCGGGAUAGCGGACGACAUCGAGUACUUCUUUUCCGGCCGUUCCGUGAUGUUCGCCAUCGAUCAGUACAACGUGAUCAACAAACUCUUCGACCUGAUCGUCAAGGUGUGCGUGCAGAAGAAGAUGCCCGAGGGGGUGAAGCCGGACGUGCUGGUCGGCAGCGGCGAGCUGGACCUCACCAAGCACUUCGCCGCGUUGAGGAAAGAGAUGCUUCAAUGUUGGCACAAAAUGGCCCCACCCCCCAAAGUGUUCGAGGGCGAGGUGCCCCUGCUCUACAACGACAACGUGAUCGGGGCCGUGUGCAUGUACGUGAGGGUGUCCGCGUUCGGGCAAACGAUCGUCACCGAAUUCGAGGCGCCGCCCGAGCGUACCGUCUCCUCGUACGUGUUCAAGGGGGACGAGUGCAACGAGAAAUCGGUGGCCUACAAAUGCCGCAUCAUCGAUUCCCAGAUCAUGGACGUUUGCAGGGAUUCGAGGGACGAGCUGUUGAAGAGUGGCCCGCCCUGCCGCGUUUGCAUCAGGGAGCAACACCCUUGCACCCCUUGCGGGGACCCGACGGGGGCCACGUUGAAGCCGAACGUGAGCCGGAAGGGGAUCGAGUCGAAGCCCGCGAGCGGCUUGUUGGCCGCGUCCCGCUCCAAGCCGGAAACAUGCGCCGACGUGCACAAGUCGGGGCUGAUACAAUCGAGCCGAGGGCCCGUCCAACCGUGCGGAAAGGCGGUUGUUCUGAAGGUGUCCGGGAUCCUGGACACGGGCCAGGACAAGAAGCCGACCGUCACGGUGGCGGCCGAGUCGGACGCACCCGGCCCGGACACGUCCGACCCCGACCACGACGUGUUCGUGCUUAGGAUCGGGAAGAAGGGGAUAGUCGGGGUCGGGGAGAAGUCUGACAUACAGUUGGAGAUGAAGACGCCGAAGGGGCCGGAGAGGGGGCCCCCGAUCAGGUGCGAGACGAGGGAGAUGCAGACGGAAGAGAAGAAGGUGAAGAAGAAGGCGAAGCCGAAGGAGAAGAAGGAGAAGAAGAAGAAGUGAAUAGGUGUGGAUCGUUUUAAGAAAUUUCUUUUCAUUGGAUUCCUAUGAACCUAUAUCGAUCUCAUUGUUGCGCGUAUAUUUGUAUUUUAUAUAUAUAUAUAUAUAUAUACAUAUAUAUAUAUUGAUUUAU